AUGGCCGAGUCGCGCGAGUCCCAGCGCUCCCUACUGCCUCCAGAAGAGGAUCUAGUAACAGCGCGACCGUUCCACUCAUGGAAUCCAUUAGGCCGCGGAUCUCCCGAGCCUGAUUAUGCCUAUGCGCUAGGCCAUUACGAGUCGCGCGAGAGCUUUGCCGAAGAAGUCUUCCGUGAGGUAGGGCUGGGCAUCUCCAAUGAGUCAGGAGAUACACUUCCCCUACGAGAGAAUCGAGAGUCGUUCCAUGCAAGCGACCAUGAGAGUCAACACAGUGAACCGAGCACUCCGGGCUUGAAAACGCCACAGGAGACACCAGCCAUUUCGACCCCGCAGCACGAUUGUCCCAGCCGAGCGACAGUUCUUCAACGGAGGUUUGGAUGGGUCCCGGUGUCUAUCUUUUUGUUAGCGCUCUAUGCGACCGUUUUUUCGGGUCUAUACCUCGCUGUCGCAUUUUGGAAACCGCGAUGGAAGAAUGUCGGCAGUGGUGCACCGCUCGCUGCGUCCACGGCGAAUUUGCUUUGCGCUUUCUUUGCCAAGACGAUUGAAUUGGCCUAUGUUACUAUCUGUGUCGCGUUUCUGGGCCAAGUGCUCAGUCGACGAGCUAUGACGACGAAAUCGCGCGGAAUCAGUAUUGCGGAUAUGAGUAUGCGCGCGUGGAUUAUGCAGCCGGGUUCUAUGCUGGUGCAUUGGGAAACACUUCGAUACUCGGCGUUAACGUUCCUGGGGCUUAUCGCAUUGAUCGCGACAUUUGUAGCUAUGCUUUAUACUACAGCCGCGGAGGCCUUGGUGUCGCCAAAAUUGAAUCUUGGUCCGGUUGAAAGGACUAUCUUGUGGGGGAAAGUUGCUGCUAGCUUUGGUAACGACAUUUAUCUUGCAGAGAACUGCCAGACACCAAUUCCGGUGGAAAUGGACUGGGCGAGAAACAAUACUUGUCUUCAGAUCCAGCACGUAGGAUCAGCCUACCACAACUAUCAACAAUGGAUUAGUACUUGGAGCGAGCUGGUGACCAGCGGUAACGAAACGUCAGACAAGCUGGCUAAAAGACCGGCGCCUACUGGUUCCAUCUGGGACAACACAACUGUCACUGGUAGCUGGGUCGAAAAGCAGAAUAUAACUGAGCUAUCGGAAAAGCACAAACGCAUGGUGAACAAUAUCACAAUGGCAUUUCCGCAUGGCGGUAUCCCUGCAGCAGCCAUGGAUGCAAUAAACAAUAUCCGUCAGCCACAAGACGUAUCAGGUGAAGGCAAAUACAAAAUCGAAGCCUCGGUUCCCUCACCCGUAGUCAAUGUCCUCUGUGUUGGCAUGAAUGAAUCAGAGCUCUCACCAUUAGUCUACUCAUCGUGGCCAAAUGCCCACUUCAAUGCGACGACCUGGAGUGUCAAUGGGUCACCCGAUAUCCCACGGACCCCAUCGUGGCUCAACAGCACAGUCGUCGACUCCAUUUUCGGCUUCGGCGAGGCAUACGGCCAAAGACCACCAGUGUUUGGCACAUACCCUGAAGAAUAUAAUACUAUUCUCAACACAACAGGUCUCUGGCCUUCAAAUGCAAUUUACCUUCUCGGAAAGCCGUCCGCGUCCUCUCCAGAAUAUGUGAUGUGUGCCAUCAAAGCCACAUUGACAGCAGUCUGCUCGACUCGUUACGACGCAGAAUCAAGCGGAGCCUUCCUUUAUACACACUGUGAGGAUGAUUCUAACCCCCUGCAAUAUGAUCGCUCAGACACUGUCUUCGAAGAGGGCUUCUGGUCCGCGGACUGGAAAAAUGUUGCCAGCGAAUGGGCCAAUGCCCUGAGUCUCGGAUCAGGCAUUACAACCGCCCAAGCCAGUAAUGAGCGCCUUAUUAUGCAGAUGAUGCCGAAACACGAUAAUGCAACAGACACAUACAGUCUUGAUCCCGAACUCCCAUCUAUCGGCGAAGCACUUGCUGUCAUGGCAGGUAGCACACUGAUUCUCAGUACGCAAACUUCUCCCUUUGUACAGGGAUGGAAUUACACGGAUACUGUUAAUGAGAUUCUUCCAACGCCCUUGUACCAGCACUUCAACGCCACCGUACAAGCGGUUGGAUAUGCCUCGGGCGGCACAGAAGAAUGGCAGGGUGUGUUCUUGGUCAUCUUGAUUUUUGCGUUCCUCACCAGUGCCGUGUGCUUGGUGUUCAUGAUCAUCGAGGCCCACGGACACCAGAUCACUGAUUUCACGGAGCCGCAGAACCUCUUUGCGCUGGCUAUGAAUAGUCCGCAAAGUUCUCUUCUCCGAGGUGCUUGUGGCUGUGGUCCUGCUGGACCGCAGAUGAAGGAGCGCUGGUUCAUUGGGAUGCAGGAGCACGACGAGCACUACUAUAUUCGUGCAAAAGUGGACGGAGCUACACCUGAGGCAAACUCGACGGGAUAUUCGAGGCUUGAGCCGAUGGGGACAGAUGAUUCGGGGCUCAAGUCUGUGAGCCCGGCUGUUAAUGAGUUUAGGAGGAUUUCGAACCGAGGUUCGUGGUUGUCCAAAUUUUAUUAG